AUGGGUGCUGAGGAGGAGGUGCUGGUCACAUUGUCAGGGGGAGCCCCCUGGGGCUUCCGACUUCAGGGGGGGGCCGAGCAGAGGAAACCUUUACAGGUGUCCAAGAUCCGAAGACGGAGCCAGGCUGGCAGAGCGGGACUCCGAGAGAGGGACCAGCUUUUGGCCAUCAAUGGGGUCUCCUGUACCAGCCUCUCUCAUGCCAGUGCCAUGAGCCUCAUUGAUGCCUCAGGGAAUCAGCUUGUCCUCACUGUGCGGCGGGUAGAGGAUGAGGGGCCUGUGCGGUCUCCAUCCCCUGGUGAGCUUCAAGUGUUGUCACCCUUAUCUCCACUGAGUCCUGAGCCUCCUGGCGCUCCAGUUCCCCAGCCUCUUCAACCUGGGAGCCUCCUCUCACCCCCUGACAGUGAGGCUUACUACGGAGAGACAGACAGUGAUGCUGAUGGACCUGCCACCCAGGAGAAACCCCGCCGACCCCGCCGCAGAGGCCCCACAAGGCCCUCCCCUCCAGGAGCCCUACCUGAUGAGGUCUACCUAUCUGACAGCCCUGCAGAGCCAGCGCUUGCCGUAGCUGGCCCUCCCAGUCAUGGUGACAGCCGUGUGAGCUCCCCAUCUUGGGAGGAUGGGGCAGCCCUUCAGCCAUCCCCAGCUGAGGCCCUGCUGUUGCCCCACGGCCCCCUCAGGCCUGGCCCUCAUCUUAUCCCUAUGGUGGGGCCUGUUCCCCACCCAGUGGCAGAAGACCUCACUACCACCUACACCCAGAAGGCCAAGCAAGCCAAACUGCAACGGGCAGAGAGCCUCCAAGAGAAGAGUGUGAAGGAGGCUAAGACCAAAUGCCGCACGAUCGCAUCCCUUCUAACUGCAGCCCCCAACCCCCACUCCAAGGGGGUGCUUAUGUUUAAGAAACGACGGCAGAGAGCCAAGAAGUACACCCUAGUGAGCUUUGGGGCUGCAGCUGGGACAGGUGCUGAGGAAGAAGACGGGGUUCCUCCAACCAGCGAGUCGGAGCUGGACGAAGAGGCCUUCUCCGACGCCCGCAGCCUCACCAACCAGUGCGACUGGGACAGCCCCUAUCUGGACAUGGAGCUGGCCAGGCCAGGCUCAGCUGCAGGAGAGGGCCAGGGCCGGGGGCUGGGAGGGCAGCUGAGUGAGGCCUCCGGCAGAGGGGUCCAGCUCUUUGAACAGCAGCGCCAGCGCACAGCUUCCAGCACCCAGGAGCUGGCACGGGAUGGUCCAGCAGCCGUGCUCAAUGGGCAGUGCCUGCAAUCACCACCUCGGGCCCAGAGUGCUCCUCCGGAAGCAACUAUACUCGCAUCUAGUCCUUCCCCAGCCCCUGUAGUCAGCCCCACCCCCUUCUUCCCAGGCAGUGGAGCUCCAACCCCGGCUCCAAACAUCUUUAACCGGUCAGCUAGGCCUUUUACUCCAGGCUUACAAGGGCAGCGGCCAAGUACCACCUCGGUUAUUUUUCGACCCCUAGCCCCCAAGAGGGCGAAUGAAAGCCUGGGAGGUCUCAGCCCCGUCGCACCGCCCUUCCUGUCCUCUCAGGGGCCCACGCCUCUGCCCAGCCACGUGCCGGCCUCCGGUUCCCCCAGCACUCCACGCACCUCAGGCCCCGUGACAGCUACAAGUUCCCUGUACAUCCCAGCCCCCAACCGUCCCUUAACGCCAGGCGGAGCCUCGGAGUCCCCCGCUCCCCCUAGUGCCGCUGCCAUGACCUCCACCGCUUCUAUCUUCCUAUCGGGACCUCUGAGACCAGCUGCGCGUCCAGAGGCUCCCGCCCCAGGCCCCGGGGCGCCUGAGCCACCUAGCGCUCGGGAGCAGCGCAUUUCCGUGCCAGCUGCCCGCACUGGCAUCCUCCAGGAGGCCCGGCGACGGGGUACCCGGAAGCAGAUGUUCCGGUCGGGAAACGAGGAGACGAAGAACUCGCCCAACCCCGAGCUCUUGUCGUUGGUGCAGAACCUGGAUGAAAAACCCCGAGCCGGGGGAGCGGAAUCUGGUCCAGAGGAAGAUGCUCUGAGCCUUGGAGCUGAAGCCUGCAAUUUCAUGCAGCCACCAGGGGGCAGGAGUUACAAGGCUCUGUCUCACGUGACGCCUAAAACCGCUCCUCCAAUGGCUCCCAAGACACCGCCCCCAAUGACUCCUAAGACUCCACCCCCAGUGGCUCCUAAGCCCCCUUCUCGUGGGUUCCUUGAUGGGCUAGUGAAUGGGUCAGCCCAUUCGGCUGGAAUCCCUGAACCAGCAAGGCUUCAGGGCAGGGGUGGGGAGCUGUUUGCCAAGCGGCAGAGCCGAGCAGAGAGGUAUGUGGUAGAAGCUACACCUAGUCCUGGCUUUGGCCCUGGCCCUAGGCCCAGAAGCCCCUCCCCUACACCAUCACUGCCCUCUUCCUGGAAAUAUUCACCCAACAUCCGUGCCCCACCUCCUAUUGCUUACAACCCACUGCUAUCACCCUUUUUCCCCCAGGGUGCUCGAACUCUCCCUAAUAAGGCCCAAUCCCAGGGUCCUCGGGCAACCCCUAAGCAGGGUAUCAAGGCUCUGGAUUUCAUGCGGCACCAGCCCUACCAACUUAAAACUGCCAUGUUCUGUUUUGAUGAGGUUCCCCAGACUCCUGGCCCCACCUCUUCAGGGCCCCCCAAAACUGCCCGAGUCCAGGAGAUCCGCCGAUUUUCCACUCCAGCACCCCAGCCCACUGCAGAACUCCUGGCCCCCACUGUUCUUGCCCCACGAGCAGCCACUACAUUGGAUGAGCCCAUCUGGAGGUCAGAGCUGGCCUCAGCCCCUGUUCUUAGCCCAGGCCCUCCUCCAGAGUCUCCCAGGGGUCUUGGAACUUCCCCUAGCUCCUGUGGCUUCCAGGUAGCCAGGCCUCGGUUCUCAGCCACCAGAACUGGAUUGCAGGCUCAUGUGUGGAGGCCAGGGGCAGGCCACCACUGA